UUCAGGCACCCCGCUAGCGCGCCGCUCUGGGGGAGACCCCGGCUGGAGCGCAAGAGCGGCUACGGGGCCGCAGAGGCCUCCUCGGCCAGCCCUUCCCGCGUGGAGAGCACCCCAGGGCUACAGCGGGAAGGUGCCGGAGGACUCGCUCAAACAGGUUCCGCUGCCUUGAGGAUGACAGUCCUAGGGCACCCUCGAAGUUGGAGCUGCCGGUGGUGGCCGCUCCUGCUGCUGCUGCUGCUCACAGGCUGUGAGCCGGGGGUGGAAGCUGUGACACACUACAAGGCCGGCGACCCCGUCAUUCUGUAUGUCAACAAAGUGGGACCUUACCAUAAUCCUCAGGAGACUUACCACUACUAUCAGCUUCCAGUCUGCUGCCCUGAGAAGAUACGCCACAAAAGCCUCAGCCUGGGCGAAGUGCUGGAUGGGGACCGAAUGGCAGAGUCUCUGUACGAGAUCCGCUUUCGGGAGAAUGUGGAGAAGAGAGUUCUGUGCCACAUGCAGCUCAGUUCCGCACAGGUGGAACAGCUACGCCAGGCCAUUGAGGAACUAUAUUACUUUGAAUUUGUGGUGGACGACUUGCCAAUCCGUGGCUUUGUGGGCUACAUGGAGGAGAGUGGCUUCCUGCCUCACAGCCACAAGAUAGGACUCUGGACCCAUUUGGACUUCCACCUAGAAUUCCAUGGAGAUCGAAUUAUAUUUGCCAAUGUCUCAGUGCGGGACGUCAAGCCCCACAGUUUAGAUGGGCUACGACCUGAUGAGUUCCUAGGCCUUACCCACACCUACAGCGUGCGCUGGUCUGAGACGUCAGUUGAGCGUCGGAGUGACAGGCGCCGUGGUGAUGAUGGUUUCUUUCCCCGAACACUGGAAAUCCAUUGGUUGUCCAUCAUCAAUUCCAUGGUGCUUGUGUUUUUACUGGUGGGUUUUGUGGCUGUUAUUCUCAUGCGUGUGCUUCGAAAUGACCUGGCUCGGUACAACUUAGAUGAAGAGACAACCUCUGCAGGUUCUGGUGAUGACUUUGACCAAAGUGACAAUGGCUGGAAAAUUAUCCAUACAGAUGUCUUCCGCUUCCCUCCAUACCGUGGUCUGCUCUGUGCUGUGCUUGGUGUGGGUGCCCAGUUCCUGGCCCUUGGCACUGGGAUUAUUGUCAUGGCGCUGUUGGGCAUGUUCAACGUGCACCGUCACGGGGCUAUUAAUUCAGCAGCCAUCUUGUUGUAUGCCCUGACUUGCUGCAUCUCUGGCUACGUGUCCAGCCACUUCUACCGGCAGAUUGGAGGCGAGCGCUGGGUGUGGAACAUCAUUCUCACCACCAGUCUCUUCUCUGUGCCUUUCUUCCUGACGUGGAGUGUGGUGAACUCCGUGCACUGGGCCAAUGGCUCAACACAGGCUCUGCCAGCCACUACCAUCCUUCUGCUUCUAACGGUUUGGCUGCUGGUGGGCUUUCCCCUCACUGUCAUUGGAGGCAUCUUCGGGAAGAACAACGCUAGCCCCUUUGAUGCACCUUGUCGCACCAAGAACAUCGCCCGGGAAAUCCCGCCCCAGCCCUGGUACAAGUCUACGCUCGUCCACAUGACUGUUGGUGGCUUCCUACCUUUCAGUGCCAUCUCUGUGGAGCUGUACUACAUCUUUGCCACGGUAUGGGGUCGGGAGCAGUACACUUUGUACGGCAUCCUCUUCUUCGUCUUCGCCAUCCUGUUGAGUGUGGGGGCUUGCAUCUCCAUCGCACUCACCUACUUCCAGCUGUCUGGAGAGGAUCACCGCUGGUGGUGGCGCUCUGUGCUGAGUGUUGGCUCCACUGGGCUCUUCAUCUUCCUCUACUCCGUUUUCUACUAUGCCCGUCGCUCCAACAUGUCAGGGACGGUACAGACAGUAGAGUUCUUUGGCUACUCCUUACUCACUGGAUACGUCUUCUUCCUCAUGCUGGGCACCAUCUCCUUUUUUUCUUCCCUAAAGUUCAUCCGCUACAUCUAUGUUAACCUCAAGAUGGACUGAGUUUUGGGUGGCAAAACCAUUGCUCUUUCCCUUUCUUCAUGCUGCCCCCCCCCCCCCCCCCCAUUCAUUGGUCUCUUACCAACAUCUCUUCGAUUGAGUGACUGACUUGUGUGGUGGUUUUGUUGCCUUCCCCUUUGCCCUUUGGGUCUCCCUUCACCAGAGAGGGCCUGGAAAUUAUAAAUCUCUAUUAUUAUAAGGAGUAUAUAUUUGAAUUUUUUAAGUUGCUUUUAGUUUUGGGCCUGAUUUUUC